AUGAAAAAACAUUUUUUACUUAAGUAUGUCACUUUGUUUUAUUUUCUUAUUUUUCCAAUCUUGAUUUAUGUAAGAAGUGAAGAAAAUAAUCAAAGAAAAAUAGACAACCUGAAUGAGAAUAAUCGACUAGCUUUUUUUUUAUUAAUACAAUUACAGGUUCCAUAUUUGUUGGAAAAUUUUACACAAAAUAUAAAAUAUGAAAAAGUUAUUGAUGCUAUUAUUUAUUUAUAUAAUGAAGAGCUAGCCAAAUCAGAUGUUGUAAAAAAACAAAACAGCUAUUCUAUUCAAGAUAUAAAAAAUGUAGUGCAAGGGCUGCAAAACAUAAGAAGAGAUAUCCAAGAUGGGGAUACUAAAUACUUCAAUUGGAUGGAUUUAAUUUCUAAAGAAUGUUGGAAUGAAGAAAAUUAUUGUCAUAUGUUAACAUCGAAAAAAUGUUCGCUAGCUGUUUUUAGAACAUUGCCUUCAAAAAAACUUCCAAUAACAUGCAUCAGUUGUAUGAUAUAUGCAAUAAAUUAUGCACUACAUUCCGAAUAUUUAUUUAAAAUAUUUUCCAAUAUUGUAAUUUGUAAUAAGACAGACAAUUUAAAAUUAUUAAACUUAAGUAAUGACAUUGGUUUAGUAAGAGAAUAUCGAAUUUAUUUAAAUGUUUUAAAUAAGGACGAACUUUUAAAAAAUAUACAAAGCGAAAUAAUAAUUUUGAAUAUAAAAAAAGCUAGUCGUUUAAUUAAUUUAUUAACAAGCAAUAUAGAAGAAAAUAAUAAAAUAAAUGAAACAUUUAAAAAUAUAAUAAAUGAAUCUAUGUUUGAAAUUAUAAAAAAGGGAAUAAAUAGAUAUAUAAAAUAUUUAAAUAAUAAUAAUCUUUAUAUAAUUAAUGAAAAUAAUGAUAUAAAUAUAGAAUUAGAAAAAGCAGUUACUGUAACCAUUAAUGGAUAUUUAUAUUUAGACAAAAAAAAUAAUAAAUUAUUGCAUGUUCAGGAUUUUGGAUUAUUUUUUCCAAAAAUUUAUUUCAAAAAAUGUACUAAUUUAUUAACAAGUCAUAAUUUAUUAGUACAAAUUGAAUUUGGAAUUAACCAUGGUCAUAAUUUUCCCCAAAUAGAAAAUUUAUUUAAUUUUAUUGAAUUAGAAUUAAUAUUAAACUCCUAUUUUCAUUUAGGAAAUAGUCAUUACUCUAGCACAUCGAUAGUAUUAAAAAAAUUUAUUUAUAUAAACAAUCAAAAUGAUAACUUUAAUGAAAAAGAUAGCAACAUAUAUACAUAUGACGAAUUUAAUAAAGAUAAAUAUAAUGUGGAUAAUUUGCUACUGUUUGAAGAUGGAAUAAUGGAAAAUGACGAGGAUAAUAAAUUUGAAAAAAAUAAUGAUCAAAAUAAUGAUCAAAAUAAUGAUCAAAAUAAUGAUCAAAAAAAUUAUCAAAAAAAUGAUCUAAAAAACGAUCUAAAAAACGAUCUACAAAAUAUCCGCAAUUUGAAUGUCCAAAAUGUAUUUGAAGAAAAAUCUGCAGACAAUGUUCAAAUUGACCCUUUAGACGAUCAAACUGUUAUACUAAUUUUAAUGGUAAAAAUAUUAGAAGAAACAAAAAUUAAUGAAAUAAAAAAAAAAAUUAUUAACCUGUUAAUAAAACCUGUCUAUUCAAAAUCGCUAGAUGGAUUUGAAUAUAAAGAACAUAAAUUAAUACAAAAUGAACUAAUCGAAAUAUUAGGAGAGUCGUAUAGCAACUCAAAUAAUUAUUUCAAAAGACGGACUCUUGGUUUUGGAUUAAAAAUAAAUAAGAGAGACAUUGAAAAUUUGGAAAAAAUAACUCCUAUUGGAUAUAAAUUAAUACAGCUAGCUUUUAAAAAUUAUAAUUCUAUUUCAAUAAAUGAUAGAAAAAAUAUAUAUUCAGGUAAUCAAAUGUUUUCUUUAUUUCAAAAUAGACUUCAUUAUCUUACUAAUUGGGAUGCUAAAAUAUUAUUUACUAAAAAAAUUGAAUCAGAAAAUGUUAUAGAAAAAAAAUAUAAUGUUUAUUCAUAUCCAGAAGAAGGAUGUACUAAUUGGCUAGUCACAUGUUAUAUUAUUAUUAUUCUAUUAAUUAUUUUAUUAUCUUUUAUAUUAUAUCGAUAUGUUUUAAAUGAUAAAUUGAAUUUGGUUAAAAUUAUGAAAAAUUGGAAAACAAAUAAAAAAAAGAAAAAACAAAAAAAAUAUUCUUAUAUUAAUUACAAUUCUCAUUAUAAAUAUAAUUAUUUGAAAUGUGGCUUAAAUAAAAAAAUGAGAGAUAGUGAUUUUGACAGAAAAGAACUAAGACAAUUGAUUAGGGAAAACAGAAAAAGACAUCAUACCACUCACAAACAUAAACAUAAAGAGUCACGAAAAAUUAGUCAACCGAUAGAACAAAAUGAAAAUAAUUCAACUAACAAUUUUUUUCGUGAAGAAAUUCAAACAAGCUAUAAAGUCUAA